AUGGGACUUUUAGCACUUGGAACUGCGCUGGAAUGGCCGGAAGCCAAGAAGAAGGCGGAUCAGGUGCGCCAGUGGGGUAUCGAGCAAUUACUUGCCAAUUGGCGUAGAGCACGAGGCAAAGAACGCGAUGCCCUUCUUUGGGGCGACGAGGUUGAAUACCUCGUGGUAGCACUCGACGAUGCGGCGAAGAAGUCCCGGCUAUCUCUAGCCCAGGCGGAUAUCCUGAAAUCACUGGCCAAAGACGAGGAGCUGUGGAAAAAUGGCGGCAACCGCAGUGAAACUGGGGACCAUGCCGGAGAAGAGCCGCCUCAUUUCCAUCCCGAAUUCGGAAGAUUCAUGUUGGAGGCUACUCCUGGACAACCGUGGGGAAUCGGGUUCAAAGAUCUGCUCAAGGUCGAGUCUAAUAUGAAGUGGAGACGAGAAGUCGCGAAAGCGCACAUGGCUGCGAAUGAAGUCCCCAUCACUUUAACAACCUUCCCUCGGCUGGGAACGAAGGAUGACUAUAUCCAGCCAUAUUACCCUCCAUCUGGACCUGCUCUACGCUCGCAGUUUGUUCCCGAUGAGAUUGCCAAUCCCCAUAUUCGAUUCCCUACUCUAGCCGCCAACAUCAGAUCCCGGAGAGGUCGCAAGGUCGAAUUGAACGUACCUGUCUUCCACGACAUUAAUACCCCUAGGCCAUUCAAGGACCCCACGGUCAACUACGACCUUCAUAACUGGCCAGAGGACGACGAUGUUCGCAACGGCGCAGCGAAGGAUGACCAUGUUUAUAUGGACGCCAUGGCAUUCGGCAUGGGCAGCUGUUGCCUGCAAAUCACCUUCCAGGCAAAGAAUAUGACAGAGGGCAGAAGGCUUUACGAUCAACUGAGUCCCCUGGGACCCAUCCUCCUGGCACUGACCGCUGCCACGCCCAUUUAUAAGGGGUUCCUUGUGGACACAGAUGUGCGAUGGAACCAGAUUGGCAAUGCUGUCGAUGAUAGGACACCUGAGGAACUCGGAGAAGCUCCUCUUAAGAAUGACCGGUGGAGAAUUCCCAAGUCUCGAUAUGCCUCUAAUUCGACUUAUAUCUCCCAAGAUCCUCGACUGCGUAAAGAAUACUUCGAUCCUGAUCUGGUCGUUGACCAGGAUAUCAAGAAACAUCUUAUGGAUGAAGGAAUGGAUGAGCUGCUUGCGACGCACUUUGCGCAUCUGUUCAUCCGUGAUCCCUUGGUUAUUUUCUCCGAGGAUCUUGAGGAAUUGGAUCUCAACAAAAGCGACCACUUCGAAAACUUACAGUCCACUAAUUGGCAGCACAUGCGCUUCAAGCCGCCGCCACCUGAUAACGAUAAUAUUGGCUGGCGAGUAGAGUUCCGGUCUAUGGAGAUCCAAAUCACCGAUUUCGAGAACGCAGCAUUCAGCAUUUUCAUCGUUCUUAUCACUCGGGCUAUUUUGAGCUUCGACCUCAAUUUCUACAUUCCAAUCCAGCGUACAACCGAGAAUAUGGAGACAGCACACGCUCGCAACGCUGUCCAGGAUCGGAAAUUCUGGUUUAGGAAGGACCCCUUCCCUCGCAGAGUUCCCAGAAGCACACAGCAAUCGGCAAACGGCAGCACCUUCUCAUCAGGCACAUCAUCGGCUGUGAACACCCCGCCUCCUUCGCCUCCCCUUGGUCCCGUGGACUCAGAGUACGAUCUCAUGACUAUUAACGACAUCGUGAACGGAUGCGACGACGGUUCGUUCCCGGGUCUCGUCCCGCUUGUGGAAUCCUACCUCAACAGCGUCAACGUGGACGUCGAGACCAGGUGUUUCUUGGCUAGCUAUCUUGAUUUGAUUCGGAAGCGAGCCGACGGGACUCUCUGGACUGGGGCUCGUUGGAUGCGCGAAUUCGUGGCCAAGCAUCCUAGCUACAAGCAGGACAGCGUUGUGUCCGAGGAAAUUACCUACGAUCUGGUAAAGGCUGUUGAAGAAAUGACUACCAAAGAAGGCAAAGACGGAUCAGUCGGAUGGGAGCUUCUCCGUGGCAGAAAGUUCUAA